GGCUAUCUGGAAACCGAUGAAGCGCUCGCAUAGCACUCAAGGAGCUCCAUUGUGUCGCGACAUGUAGGGACAGUUCAUGACUGUUGUCUUUGGUGAAAGUAGAUACUAUUUCGCCACAAUUGGAAGCCCCACUACACGGUGGAAACCAUGCCUGGGGUACCAUCCAACAAAGCAUGUGAGCGAUGCAAAAAGAGGCAUCUCAAGUGUGAUGAGGCACGCCCGAAAUGCCAGCGCUGCACAAACGCUGGGGUAGACUGCCCGGGAUAUGUCCAAACGCGCAAAUUCAUAGACCAAGGCGCCUCGGUAAGGCGCCGAUACGCGCCCUACCAAGAAAGUCACACAAAGCCACAUACAUGCAAAGGCACGGAAACUACUGCCGGUGAACGCCUGCCCAGCCAACAUAGUGGCCAACACAGUGCUGGUCCUAGUCAAGCUCAUUCUGUUCUUCCGCCCACUACGGGCUUGAGAUCUAGCGAGUCUAGUCAGCCAGGGGCUCACUCACCAACCCAAAGCAUGAGGGUUAACGCGACACAAUCCCCCAUAAGAAUGAAUGCCGUUAAUCUCAUGACACACCAGUCCAUGACAGACACCACGUCCGUUGACAUUACUGGCCUGGACCAGUCACGGAGCACUUCUAGUAGGAGUGCUGGCCACAGUCCGCUAAUUUUUAAUAAUGCUACAUCUCCCCACGUCUUGGGUAAUGCUUAUAAUGGCGUUCGAUCCAGACCCCCAUCUUCUCAUACCGCCUCGGGGAGCCCAUCACAGCCUAGCGAAAGAGACGAGUUCCAGGAUAUCUUCUCCGAACUCCAAACGGGCACUGAACAUGAAACAGCGUUUCUGAUUCGGCAUUUUUCGGAUAAUCUGGGGCCUUGGCUUGACAUCUCAGAUUCGACCCGGUUUUUUGAGGUUCACGUACCAAUACGCGCGAUCAAUGAUCCCUUCUUAAAGUUUGCAAUUGCUGCUCUGGCUGCGAAGCAUCUCGGCAGGAUGAAAGGCGCAAAAUCACCAGCUAGUGGUGGAAUGUUCACAAGCCCAGCGACCAUGGAAAUUUAUCCAAAUGCGACACAAGUGGACUGGUUUCUCAAAGCAACUAACUACUACUAUAUUGCCGCUUCACGCAUGAAUUCCGCCAUCUCUGAAGCUUACACUUCCGUAUCUAGCUCUGCGAUUUUAGAAGAAUCAGCAAUUCAAAUCGCUAGCCGGUGGUUGAGUCUUCAGCCACAGCAGUCUAGUUCUAUCGCCGAAGAAGCUGCUAGCACUUUCUCGAGAAAGGCAGAGAAUAUCCUCGCAGCCUCGACUAUCAUGACGAUGUAUAAGAUUUUGGAUGAGCCCGCAGAAAAUUGGCAAUCGCACCUUUCGGGAAUAAAGUCAUUAUUUGACACUUUGCUAGAAGUGCACAGUGGUACUUCGUCUAUUCCAUGCUUACUGCCCCAAGGGGCUCGGGCAGCGUUCUGGAAUCUUGCUCGGUUGGAUUACCUAAGUGCUUAUAUCAAUCGAGUCCCAACUCAGUUUGAUCAGGACAACUUUUCCUUAUGGACAGCCGCCGGCAUUUCUAUUGAUGAAUCGGGGAACAUCUCAUUGGAUGCCAAGGAUAUGAUUGAUAAGGCGUUAUCACCCGAAGAUCUUGCAGCUAACAGCUUGACUUGGCUUGUUGCAAAAGUGAUCAAUUUUCUAGCGGAGUCGAAGAAGUCACAAUGGGAACAAUUAACAGGUCAUUCAUCUAGUGAUCCACCUACACCGUCUUCAACACCCCCUACCUUUACUCCAUACCCUUCUACGUCUACCUGGUUGAAACUCUGCUUCGAUUUUCAAUCCUGGUUCGAAGGGUUACCGGAGACGUUCCGCCCAUGCCUGCGGUUAGACCAUCCCAAAGACCUAUCGAAGCUUCCAGAAAUUGUUUAUUUGCCGUUUCCGGAAAUAUUUUACGGUCUUACAUCCUGCGCUGCGACAAUGCAGCAGUACCACUUUGGACGUCUUGCGUUAUCCUUGAACAGGCCACCGGAUGCUGUCAGCGGGCCCAGCACCGCCUUUGACCGCCUACAAGGGUACCGGGAGUUGAUGAAAGAGACCGAAUACCGUGGUCGGGAAAUCUGUGGCAUUGCACUCGGUCGUCCCCGGAGUGCCGCCCGUGUUUAUACGAUACCGCUUUUGUUUGCGGUCGGACAAUGCUUCGAGAAUCCAGAGGAACGCCAAAUAGUUGUUGAUUUACUACGUGGGAUCGAGGCGGAUCUUGGAUGGGAGACGAGCGUUCGGGUCCAGAAGUUGCAAGCUUCAUGGGCCCAAAGAUAGACCCAAGUUUUUGCGCCCGAUUUUUCCCUCACCAUCAUGGGGAGCAUCUGCAACCAUGUCAGACCGAUUAUGCCCCAAGGCAGCGAUCUAGAUGAUUGUGCAUCUACUUAACUAGCAUACGAAGCGCGUUCUCCAUCGAUCUACUCAGUGUCACCGGCCCAAUAAUCGUCAUAUAAUCAUUCUAAUAUAUUUAGAAUUAGCAGCACAGCCUCGCAGCGACAGCACUAUGGGUAUUAUGCUCUGAAGCAAUCCGCGCGCUCCCUGGGGAAUAAUGAGUUAGGGUUUGGGGUUUAGGUGUGUACAGAAUACCCACGCUACUGGAUCUGUUAUCGGGACGGCCCGUCUGAGAGCUGAGGUCGCCGAUGAUUUGCAUUGAAUGUUUAAACUUUUACUUGAUUAUAAUUUCACCUAAUAUAUGACAAGUUUCUCCGAUGUGUGGUUGAAUAUCUCCGGAGUCCUUCCAUCAUACCAAAGCUACUCGUUUUCAAGCUACCAUGGAUGGUCAGCUGUUCAUUUCACGAGAAGAGAUUUCCCUGGAUAGAAUCGGACGGUCAGUUUCACAGCUAGAAUAGACCCAUCUUGAUUUUUCUACAUUCUCUUUUUUGGGUACAGUUUCUAGACAGCUUCCACUGUGCAGUUUCGCCUGUCAUAAUGCCAAACAAAAAACGUGCAACGCAUGUCUUUGGCCCAUGCCCCUGAGUGUUAUUUUAUUGUUUUAUUCUCCUCUGUUCUCUUG